AGUGCAAGUGAACGAUGAAGUGGCUUACAUAUUUACUUCCCGGUAUUUACGACCGUCCACCGCCAUCUAUGCCUUUUGGUAGGAACGUAGGCGGAGGUUUGUUGCUCGUGGUCGGAUAUGAAGCUGUCUUCGCUUUGUUCUGCGCACUACGCAAGGCUGCUGUUUCAUCCGUUGUGGCGAGAUGCUUAUGGACAUUGGCUAUGUACUUGUAUGGAUAUGAUGGGCGUUUGCUUGGACUGAUUGAGAUCUAUCAAAUGUAUGAAUGGGUAAACUUUGCUAGAACAAUGCCUACAACAACAAACAACGUACAACCUAAUACUAUAUUAACUAUUGAAACCAACUCAAGAAAGUAUUUCAAACUUAACAGUCAGUUUGUCAAAGUAAUUCUAGAUUUACAAGAUGCUCUGGAGAGAUUAGUCUACCUGACAUUGAUCCAAUGGAGUUUUGUUCUGAGAUGGGUGGAGUAUACCCUGGUGAAUAAAAAUAAGUAUCAAUCAUUUUUACAGGGUAUGGUAAAACUAUCUCUUGUCGUCUUGAUUGGAAUUUUGUUGCUAUCUUGCAUUCUUGACUUCAUAUUCUGGUGCACAAGGUCUAAACACACAAUGUGGAGGCUUGUGGUUACCUACAGUUUCAAACUGAUUUCAAAUAGCUCACUCAAGGAUGUCAGUUUACAACUAAAGUCACCUGAAGAUGUCAUUUUACAAGCAAAAUCAUUUGAGGAUGUCAAACUACAAACAAGUAGCAUAAGAAUAGCUCUAGAAUUAUGGCUUCAUCAGCGGAAAGCUCUACUCAUAUAUACCAGCUUUCUAAUGGUUGUGCUGGAACUAGCUGUAUGUCUUGCCUUACAUCUGUUCCUGCAUUUACUAUAUUUUUUACGUUUGCUUCAUGAAUUGUACAAUAUUGAAGAACAUGCUUUGGUUGACUUUUGACAUUUCAAUUUUGUAUUAUACAAUUUCUGUUCAACAGUCUACUUGAGCGAGUUUGUAUGUAAACUACAGUAUUGACUAUAUAUAUAAGCAAA